UUGCUUCCAGCUAUGAAGACGUGACACUAACUUCUGUUAGUCCUCUGAAUACGUGGUAAAUGUUCAGAGAGGCGAUUUCGGGUGGAAUAAAUGGUUCAGGGAAUUUCUUCAUAGUGAAGAUAAGGCAUCUGGACAUCAGUGCAUUGACCUGAAGUUUUUUGACAUGGACUUGCAGCUUGUGCUGGUUCUUCUGACAGUGGACAUCCUGCUGUCUCUUUCGGAAGCUGUGAGUGCUUCAUUGAAUCCUGGAGAUGCCGAGGGUUUUCUUGAGAAGUAUGGCUACCUUCAUCAGAAGGAUCACACACACAAUGCAGACAAAGUCACAUCAGCUGUCAGGCAGUUUCAGUGGUUGUCCCAUCUGCCUGUCACUGGCAGACUGGAUAGUACCACAUUGCUGAAGAUGGCAUCACCACGCUGUGGGGUGAAAGACAGAGGUAGCAAUGAAGCCUGGAAACGCAGAGUAAACUCUGUUUUCACAGGGCAAAGCCAACAGCACCUUCGCAAAAAGCGCUACACUCGACCAGGUGGGAGAUGGUACAAGCAGCACCUGACAUACCAGAUAGUGAACUGGCCACGCCAUCUCUCCCAGGGUCCCGUACGGCUGGCUGUGCGAAUGGCUUUUCAGCUCUGGAGCAACGUUUCAGGAUUGGUUUUCCACGAAUUAAAUGAGGGCCAGACAGACAUCCGGCUGGCUUUCUACGAAGGAGAGCAUAACGAUGGCACUAGCAAUGCAUUUGAUGGUCCAGGGGGUGCGUUAGCGCAUGCUUUUUUCCCAUGCCGGGGUGAGGCUCACUUUGAUAAAGCUGAGCGUUGGACUCUGAGCAGCCACAAAGGUCAUAACCUUUUCCUGGUCUCUGCUCAUGAAAUUGGCCACACAUUGGGAUUAGAGCACUCACCAGUCCGCCACGCCCUCAUGUCACCCUACUAUAAGAAGCUUGGCCGAAGUCUGCUGCUCAGCUGGGAUGACAUUACAGCUGUGCAACAAUUAUAUGGGAAGCCAUCUGCAGGUGCAGUGGUCCAGAUCCCAAGCCAAGAUCUCAGCUGGGCAAUGCAAGAUUGGGAAUUAUCUGAGGAGCCUAUGGGAGAUAUAAGUCUGCCCCACUAUUGCAGGAACACAUUUGAUGCAAUAACAAUGGAUGGGAACGGCACAGUGCUGGUUUUUAGAGGUGGUCUGUUCUGGACGGUGACAUCCGAGAGUAACAGAAGCGAUCCACUUCCUCUGAAGCGGCGCUGGCCUCAGCUUCCAUUUGCCAUCGAGGCUGCUGCCUUCUCUCCACUGGAUGGCAAAUUUUACUUUUUCAAUGGCAAACACAUAUGGCGAUAUUCAGGCACUGUUUUGGACCCCGGCUUCCCCAAGAAGAGCAGCGAAUGUGACAUGCCGCGACACCCAGACUGUGCGUUCUUCUAUGCUCCUCUGGGGCACAUGGUGGUGUUUAAAGGCUCACGGUACUUUGUGUUAAACCUGGAGACACUACGCUCAGAGCCAUACUACCCUCGAGGCCUUGCUGACUGGAAGGGAGUGCCACGAGGGGCUAACGGCGCCGUGACGAGAGCCGAUGGAAAGCUUUAUUUUUUUCGGGAACAGCAGUACUGGAGGUUCGAUCCAAGGAAAUUACGUGUCACUGGAAGCGGACAAUGGACAAAGAAGCUGGCAUGGACUGGCUGUCAUAGAACUUCCUCAAAUGAUGUGCUGUGACCAGAUAAUCAAGUAAAAUAUUUGUCUGAGAAUGGAGGGGAGCGACGUGCAAUUCAACAGAAAAGGUCUUUUUACUCUGACAUGUGAUUGUUUUUUUCUGUCUGGUGCUAAUUGGAUGGUGUUGUAUGGCAGGAAAAAGGUGGGCUUUGGACUGUACUGUAUGAAUUUGUGGUAUAAGUCUAGAACAAAUGUAUAGAACAUGAUGAUGUUGGUACAGCGUGCAAAUGUGAUUUGAGUUAAAAAAUUAAACCGCAAA